AUGGCCAUUCUGGACAAGGACCGCCCCCGCGGCUUGCGAGUGCCGUCGCUUUCCUCGUUCAGAUCCAAACACAAGUCGCCUGAAUCAACACCUACUAUCCACCUGCCUUCACCUUCGCAAAUGACCCUUCAAAACGAGUCAAUCCCGGUGUCUUCUUUCAAACCAGCCGAAAAGGCAUUGCCCCCUCAACCGCUGCCGUCCGCGCCACAGCCCUCAUCCGCGGCGGGAUACCCAUACCCAUACCCGCCGCAAACAUACAACAAUCCACCAACUCCGGUAUCUGUCCAGAAUUCGACCCCAACUCGACCUUUCGGCCAUGAUGGUCCUGCGCAGCCUCCUCUACCUGCGCUCCCCGCCGACAGACCUAUGCCCCGGCCAAUCCCUCAGUCUACUACCCCACCAGCCCGGCGCCCGAUUCCCAGGUCCACGGCGGCUUCAACAACUGCGCCAGCGCCAGCGCCAGCACCAGAACCAGCACCAGAACCAGCACCAGAACCAGUACCAGCACAAACAUCAACACCGGUAUAUGCACCUGCGCCUAUUCCUGCGCCUUCAUCUGUACCACCAGUGAACAAUCUCAUUGCGCAACAGAGAACCCCGCCACUGAGCGAGGGGGGGCCGGAGCAGAGGAAAUCCAACGGCACCAGCGACUCUUUGGAAGACCUCAUCCCGUCGCCCGAACCAGAGCCUGAGCUAGACGGUGCGAGCAGCACACCCAAUGAAACCGGGUCCAGCGAAGAGGACAACAGACCCUUCACACCACCGGAGGUUGAACCCGUUGCUGUCCCGCUGACCAAACUGCAUUACGCCUGCUACCAGGAUCAUCGCGCAAUGCCGGCCACCGGGAACGUAAAUUCGAUCGUGAGAUCCGUCACCGAUGCGUUUUUUGCUGCCUGCGUGUUUGCGCCGAUUGUUAUCAAGCGCUGCAAAAAUGCCCUCGCCGUUCGCUGGCACAGCUGA